AGAAAAACUACUACCCUGCAAACUAACCAAAAGACACGUCCAUUGACUUUAAUAUAUAUAUAAAUCCCUUAUCCUCGGUGUGCAUCUCAUAUUCAUAAGAACUAAUCCUUAUUUCUGCAUUGCUUAUUCCUUAUUGACUGUGCACACUUACAAUGGAUUGCAUGAGAAUCGAAAGCCCCUUGUCUGUUGAGAAGAAUUGGAAAUAUGAUGUGUUUGUGAGUUUUAGAGGGGAGACUCGCUUCAACUUCACCGAUCAUCUUUAUGCUGCUCUCCGCAGACACGGCAUACUUGCCUUCAGGGAUGAUACCAGGCUCGAGAAAGGAGGACCUAUAUCACCAGGGCUUCUGGAAGCUAUUGAAGGAUCACAGGUUCUGAUUGUUGUCUUCUCUAUUAACUAUGCUUCUUCCACAUGGUGCUUGCAAGAACUCGCAAAGAUAGCUGAUUACAUUAACAUACCGGGACAGCGUGUUCUGCCUGUUUUUUGUGAUGUGAGUCCAUCUGAGGUGAGAAAGCAAAGUGGAAAUUACGAAAAAGCCUUUGUGGAACACGAAGAAAGAUUCAAAGAAGAUGCAGAGAUGAUGAAGCAAGUGCGAAGAUGGAGGGCAGCUCUAACACAAGUAGCCAGUCUCUCUGGCUGGGAUCUCAAGGAUAAGUCACAAUCUGCUAAGAUUGAGGAAAUUGUGAAAGCGGUAACAAGUAUAUUGAGUCCCAAACCAUCAUCAAGUCUAUCUAAUGAUAUAGUUGGGAUGCAAUCCCCUUUAGAAGAACUCAAAAAGAUUCUAGCUUUAGGCUUGGAUGAUGAUGUUCGUGUGGUAGGGAUUUGUGGAAUGGGUGGUAUAGGAAAGUCAACUCUUGCCACCAUUUUAUAUGAAGAAAUCUCUCAUCAAUAUGAUGUUUCAUGUUUUGUAGAUGAUGUAAGCGAAACAUACAGACAUGAUGGUCCACUUGGUGUACAAAAGCAACUUCUUUGUCAAGCUUUCAUGGAAGAACAUUUUCUUAUAUGCAAUCUUUCAUUGGCAAAUAAUCAUAUUCAAACUAGGUUACGCCAUAGAAAGGUUUUCCUAGUUCUAGAUAAUGUUGAAAAGGGAAUUCAGUUGGAGAAGUUGGCUAUAAAACGAGAAUGGGUAGGUCCAGGGAGUAGAAUAAUUAUAGUUUCUAGAGAUGAACAUAUAUUGAGAGAGUAUGGAGUGGAUGGAGUUUACAAAGUUCAACUCUUAAAUGAUGAGAAUGCUCUCCAAUUGUUUUGCAGAAAAGCUUUCAAAUGUAAUCAUGUUGCACAAGAUUAUGAAAGCCUGACAGAUUCUGCAUUAACAUAUGCUAGUGGACUCCCGUUAGCAAUUAGAGUGUUUGGCUCAUUUUUGUUUGGGCGAAAUGUGUCUGAGUGGAGUAGUGCAUUAGUUAGACUAAAAGAAAAUCCAACAAAAGACAUUCUAGAUGUGCUUAGAAUCAGUUAUGAUGGCCUUGAGGAGAUGGAAAAGGAGAUAUUUCUUGAUAUUGCUUGUUUCUUUCCCUUUGGGUAUGUAAAAGGGUAUGUAAAGGAUAUUUUAAGUAUUCGAGGAUUUCAAUCUGAUAUUGGUUUAAGAAUUCUCAUUGAUAAGUCACUCAUAACUAAUGAGGGGAAUAUUAUCAAAAUGCAUGAUUUGUUGAGAGAUUUGGGUAGAAGUAUUGUUCGAGAAAAAUCACCCAAAGAACCAAGAAAGUGGAGUAGGUUAUGGAAUCAAAAGGAUCUAAGUGAUGUCUUGCGGGAAAAUAAGGCAGCAGAAAACCUUGAAGCCAUAGUUCUGCCAAGAUUUCAUCAAAAUAGAGAAGAGAUGUCAGAAAGGACAACACUGAGUGUUGAAGCUUUAUCACAAAUGAGGCACCUUAAAUUACUCAUCCUCCAAGAAGUGAAUUUUUUAGGACGUCUUGAUUUUCUUUCUAACGAGUUGGGGUAUCUUUAUUGGGAAGACUAUCCUUCUACAUGUUUGCCAUCAAGCUUUCAGCCAAAUAAACUCGUUAAAUUAAUCCUACAUUAUAGCAACAUCAAAGAACUAUGGGAGGGAAUAAAGGAUCUCCAUAAUUUGACACGUCUGGAACUAUGUCAUUCCAAAAAUCUUGUAAAGAUACCAAAUUUAUCUCAGGCCCCAAAUCUUUGGUACAUAAAUCUUAAAGGAUGUGUGAAACUUGUUCACCUUGAUGCAUCUAUUGGUUCUCUGGAAAAGCUUCGUCAUUUGAAUUUAGAAAACUGUAAAAAUCUUCUGAACCCGCGAUGCAGCAUUGAAGGUGUUGUUCCAGGAACUAAAAUUCCAAGGUGGUUCAGCAAACAGAAGACGGGUAGUUUAAUAAGGCUGGAUCCAUCUCCCAUUGUGGAUGACAAUAAUUGGAUUGGCAUUGCUGCUUGUGUAACAUUUGUUGUGCAUGAUACUCCAACUCAAUUGCUUGAAGAAGCCAUAUAUCCUCCCGAUCUAAUUGGUUGUCGUUUUCUUCGUAAUGGGUAUGGGGACAUUUAUUCCCAAGUUCGAAUACGUCUUAAGAAAGAUUUGAUCACAACUGAAUUAGAUCAUAUGUUGCUAAUAUUUGUAUCCCGGGAAGCUUCCAUUAAUGAGUAUACAAGUAAUGCAAAAGAAGGAACAUCUGAUCUUCAUGGUAUUAUAUUGCAUGCCGCCAGUAAUUAUCCAGAAGAAGUAGUAGAAGUGAAGAGCUGUGGUUACCGUUGGGUAUUUAAGGAAGAUUUGGAACAAUUUAACCCAACAAUGAUGUACACCGCCAAUUCUUCAGCUCACCACAAUCAGAAGCACAAGUUUUUGGCAAUUCAAGAUGAACAAUUAAUGUAGCCCGCAAUCCUUAAAUUCAUGAAUGAACAUUUGCAUUUUAUUUAUACUGCAACAUUUGUAACAACUCCCACACUACAUAAAGCAUUCUCUUACUCUUUAGUGAUUCA